AUGCCUAAACGAAAAUUUUUAAAAAUUUCAACGCAUCGUCAUUCUGAGUUGUCUCAGAUUGAUGAUCCUGAUUCUGAAAAUGAAAUUAUUGUGAUUCCUGAUACAGAAAAUUGUGGCUCUGAUGGAGAUUCUGCAGCAGAUGAUGAGAAUUCUGCAUACCCUAAGGCUACUGGAAAUUUGAAACUUCAUACAUCUUCUCAAAAAAGAUUAUUUUGGAUAUUGCCUGAAGAAUUUAAAGGUAAUAUGCUUUCAAGCUAUGGAGGUAAUUUAGGUAUUACUCAGAUCAUAAAAGUUGAUUCAACUUCAGCAUGUUAUCGUGAUCAAGAUAUUGUAAUCAAUGGUAAUGGAAUAUCAUUGUUUUGGAUCAAUCCAAUUAAUUAUACUUUUGGAAUACCUAUGACGUAUGAAGUACCAUUAACAGAGUCACAUUGGCGUUACGUUUCAUUGAAUGGUUUCCCAAGUAUAACAAGAUUUGAUUUCAUGACAGUUCUUGCCAAUGUUGAAUCAAUUUUAGUCCGUGCAACAUUCUGCAACGACGCGAAAUCCUCUACAUUACUCAAUUUGACUGUUGAAGUAUCUACGAACGUGAUAAGUAAUAAAAAAUCUAAAACAAUAGAACUCUGUAAGUGUCCCUCAGGCUACGGUGGAAUGUCUUGUGAACAUUGUGAAGUAGGAUAUUACCGAAACAUUUAUGAUAAUUCAAAAAAUGCUUUGGGAACAUGUAUUAAAUGUCCAUGUCUUGGAUACAGAAAUGGAUGCUACAUUAAUACAUUUGGAAUUGUGACAUGCAACUGUCUUCAAAACUUUUCAGGCUUAUACUGUCAACUGUUGGACAGAUUUAAUCAAAGUUUACUGCAUUCUUUUAAUUCAACAAAAACUGAGUUGAUAAGUCCUGAACAAAAAACUGUAACGAAGCUAGAAGGAAAUAUUAAGAACGAUCAUUUGCUUAAGUGUGCAGAGUAUAAAAUUUAUACAGUAGACCCUCCGUAUUCGCGGUAG